AUGACGCAGCCGAAAGAGAGCAAACGCGGCCCCGCGGCAACGUGGAUCGCAUGUGGUUCCUCGCUCAAUGUGCUCUCGCACCUCGACAGCAUUGCCGCCGCCGACUUGAACGGCGAGGGCUACACGCCGAAGCAGUCCCAGGACAAGGCUCUCACGGCGUUUGCGCAGCUGGCUGUUCUGCGCCUGAAUGUCAAGAGGGCCAUGGUCUCGCUGAUCGACACCUCUACACAGACUAUUCUGGCCGAGGCCACCCGCAACACCUUUCUCGGAGAGGCGCACCUGAAGAACACGAGGGGCGGCGCCAGCGGUGACCUGUGGUCUAACGAUGAGGCCCGCCUGCCAGUGGGAACCACCGUCUUAUCCCGCCCCAACGCAGUCUGUGAGCACUGCUUGACGAAUACCUACACUGCUCAUGACGAGGACGGCUCAACCCACACGGCUCCCGCCCUCGUGGUUCCCGAUUGCCGGCUCGACCCGCGCUUCCAAGCACGGUCCUAUGUACAGUCUGAGCCAGGCGUACGCUUCUACGCCGGCGUGCCAAUCAUAUCACCCAGUGGUCACAAGAUAGGCGCAUACGCUGUGUCAGAUGGCGAGCCCCGACAUGGCCUGACAGUUGAUGAGCUCCAAUUCAUGCAGGGUGUCGCCCAGGCCGUCAUGCAACAUUUGGAAUGGGCACGCGACAGAGUUGAUCGGUUCAAAGGCGCGCGUAUCGUCAGGGGUUUGGCAUCGUUCAUCGAGGGCAACUCUACGUUGAACGAUCCCUCUGCGGACGACGAGCCACCCACAGCUAACGGAACCCCUCUGCCCGCCACAGCACCCCCCAGCAGCCGUUCUGUGACGCCCACAAUGAAGCGCUCGCCAUCGCAAACGAGCACUCAUAGUCGUUUGUCCCACUGUGGAUCCCCGAGGUUGUCCGAAGCCUCUAGGUCUUCUUCGCCUUCGACGCUCACAGCUCAGAGACGGUCUGAUAUGCCAAAACCUGACAGUCUGGCCCGUUUAUUCGACAGGGCAGCUACAAUUCUGCGCCAGUCCGCCCUCGCCGACGGUGUCGUCUUCUUCGGUGCAACUGCUGCCAACACCAGGCAAUUCAGGCCACCACACGACGAUUCCCAGGCCGCCGUAGACACAUCCUCUGGACACGAAGGGUUCGGGCUUGACAGCUCAGACUCUGAUGCUUCGCCGUCAGGCAGACCUUGCAAGCUACUUGGAUAUUCACUUGCAGAUGAACAGGCGCGCGCGGAUAUAGAACAAGAUAAACCCUUGACCAUCGGCACAUUGGAGAGAUAUCACGCAUUGUUCCCCAGAGGCAAGUCGUUUUCUUUCACAGAGGAAGGCUCCGGGAUCUCAUCUGAGGACGAGAGUGCCAGCGAUAGAGAUACCCAGCUCAAUGCAAACAAUAAUCCGACGAAUGGCACCAACGAGCCGCACGGAGCUGGUGGACGUCGGAGAUCGCGGAUGGAUCACAAGGAGUUGCUCAAGAAAAUACCGGGCGCCAAGGCGGUGGCAUUCCUGCCACUCUACGAUUACGGAGAGGAUAGGUUGGCAGGCGGUUGUUUCAUAUGGACAUCAGUCACCGGCCGUCUGAUGACACUGGACGAGGAUCUCUCUUAUCUUAAAGCUUUCGGUAACAGCAUCAUGAGUGAAGUAGGGCGCAUAAACACACAGAAGAACGAAGCUGCCAAGACCACUUUCAUUGCCAGCAUGAGCCACGAGUUGCGCAGCCCCCUUCAUGGCAUCCUCGGAGCGGCAGAGUUCCUAGUUGAUACUGCGACCAGCUCCUAUCAAUCGGGGCUGAUAAGCUCAAUAUCUACAUGCGGUAAGACUCUGCUCGACACUCUCAACCACGUACUUGAUUAUAGCAAGAUCAACAAGCUUGGCCGUCCGCACAUGAGGCGAAAUGCUAGGCGGCCGCAGAAUCUUCUCAACCUCGCGUCGGAUCCGUCCCUGGAGAGUCUCAACCUGACGGCUGUGGUCGACCUCAGUAUCCUAGUGGAGGAGGUUGUCGAUGCUGUCACGGCCGGCCAUACUUUUAAGAUGAUACCUGGCACCGUGUUCUCCAAGCAAUCAAAGUCCAACACUAGCGCGUCGCUGAAUUCCAUGUCUGCUGGGGCCUUCCGACGAGUACCAGAGGUUCAGCACCCUGUCUCUGUGUUACUCGACAUCAACCCUGAGGCGUCCUGGAUGGUCAAGACUCAGCCUGGUGCCAUUCGGAGAAUUGUGAUGAAUUUGCUAGGCAAUUCUCUCAAAUACACAUCAGCCGGAUAUGUCCUGGUGUCAGUGCGCGCCCAGGGAAGUGCGGAUGGAUCUAAGAUUGAAGCCGUCAUCCGCGUCGUGGAUAGCGGGAAAGGAAUGUCUGAAGACUUCCAGCGAGAUCGAUUAUUCGUUCCCUUUAGUCAAGAGGAUUCCUUCCAACCUGGUACCGGUUUAGGCUUGAGCAUCGUGAAACAAAUUGUGGACUCUCUCGGUGGGAAGAUUGAGUUCAAAUCGCAGCAGCACAAGGGCACCGAGGUUGAUGUGCGCUUGAGUCUUCCACGAGUGAUUGACUCUGCAGUCCACCAGCCUGAUGAGGAGAUGUAUGCCAUCAAAAACCAGACCAAGGGUUUAAAACUCGUCAUACUCGAUGCGCAUGAGCCUUCGCAGCCAAAGCCCAUCAGACACCAGGUGCGUGGCUUGAAUGAGACCAUUCGCGACACUUGUACGAAUUGGUUCCGGAUGAAGGUUGCGGUCGAAGAACCGGAAGACGCAUCGCAACCAGAUCUCUACCUGUACUGCGAGCCACCCUCUUUGGAAAUGUUACAGAAACGCUUCAGAGGGAGAGAUCGAAGCUCGCCUAGGAAGAGAAAAAUACCUAUCGUCAUCGUUAGUUUAAACGCCAAAGAGGCGAUCCAGAUAUCACAGAAUCAGAGCCGGGCUCUGAUGGAUUUGGGUGAGAUUGUGGAAGUAAUACCACAACCAUGCGGCCCGAGAAAGUUAGCCAAGGUGUUUAACCACUGCCUGAAAAGGGCGGAAGAAGCAACCAACGGUGAUCUCGAUGACGCGGGCACAUUGAAGAGUGACGAGACGCUGCAACAGACUCUGGGAGACAAGAGCACUGGGACAUCAGGGGCCGCAUGGGAAACGAGGUUGGACAACAUUGCAAACGAGCAGGCAAAGCCAGCACUACAGAACGGGACUGCUGAAGGGAAUGCUGCGCAAGCCCCACCUACGCCUCCUGAAACAGAAACCCUCGUUAUCCGAACGGACACCAUGCAGAAAUGUCUCAGCCAGCCGAAGAAAGAUGUCCCGAGCAGUAAGCUUCAUGUCCUAUUAGUUGACGACAACAAAAUCAAUCUUCAGCUUCUUGUGAUGUUUGUGAAGAAACAGGGCUUCACCUUCGAAGAAGCCGAAAACGGGCAGGAGGCUCUCGACAAGUACAAGGCGGCAGGCAGUGGCCGAAGAUUCGACUUGGUUCUGAUGGAUAUCAGCAUGCCCAUAAUGGACGGUCUUGAGGCCACUAGACGGAUCCGAGAUUUCGAAUCCGAGAACGAAUUGCAGCGGGCCAAUAUUGUUGCCCUGACAGGUCUGGCGAGCAGUGAUACCCAGCGCGAUGCUAAAACCGCCGGCGUCGAUGUUUUUCUGGCCAAGCCUGUGCGGUUUGCCUCGCUCAAGAAGCUGCUCGAUGUUGAAUGA